UGCCUUUGAGUUGUCUUCCUUCUUAUGGAGAGGAUUCAAUCUUCUUCCUUAUAACCAUCACCAAUCUUCUCUUAAUUAAUGCCCCCUCCCAAAAUUUUCUCUUUCUUAUCUCUAGCAGUUUUUUUCUCCACCAAAUUAUCUGUCUAAAUUCAUGCUCUCUCUAUCUUCAUAUAGAUAUAUUUCUGAUAUUACAUCUGUUACUAAAUAUCCACUCCUUACAUAUGGCUGGUCUUUGCUUGAACUAUGCUAAUACCACCUUCAUUUUUGCUUAUUCCCUUUUCCAGUUCCAUUCUCUAUAAUAUAUCAUCAUUAUUCUUGAUUUAAUGAUUUCUCAUUUAUCAUUUUUUCCCUCCUCGUUACUAGUGAUAGUACUAGUGCUAUUAAAUUCUUUUUUGGUUGUCUUUACUAUGGUAAUUUCUCCAUUCAGUAGUAUUUAAUAUUGGUAGUUGUAGUAAAGUUCUGAUCAGUAAUUCUUGUUUGUGUCUUACUCUUCAUGUGAUGGGAAUAGCUGAAUUUCAUCAGUUCCUCUUUCUUGAAACUAAGUACUUGUACUAUUCCAAAGUUUAUUCAGUUGUUGAGGGUCAAUAAAAUAUCAAUAUGGAGUACGGCAGCGGAGGUGGUGGUGGUGGUGGUGGCACCAGCAGCGGCGGCGGCGAUCCCCGCGACGCCGCCGAGCGGAGGAAGAAACGUUAUCAUCGUCACACUGCUAAUCAAAUUCAAAGGCUUGAAGCUAUUUUCAAAGAAUGUCCUCAUCCAGACGAGAAGACACGAUUGCAGUUAAGCAGAGAUUUAGGCUUAGCUCCUCGUCAGAUUAAGUUUUGGUUCCAAAAUAGGAGGACUCAAAUGAAGGCUCAACAUGAGAGAGCAGACAAUUGUGCACUUAGAGCAGAAAAUGAUAAAAUUCGAUGUGAAAAUAUAGCAAUCAGAGAAGCCCUCAAGAAUGUGAUUUGCCCAUCAUGUCCUCCUGUUACUGAAGAUUCAUAUUUCGAUGAGCAAAAGUUGAGAAUAGAAAACAUGCAAUUAAAAGAAGAGCUUGAUAAAGUAUCCAGUAUUGCUGCUAAAUAUAUAGGGAGGCCUAUUUCACAACUCCCACCAGUGCAACCUAUUCAUCUAUCUUCACUAGAUUUGUCUAUGUCUAGUUUUGUUGGCCAUGGCCCUAAUUCCCUUGAUCUUGAUCUCGAUCUUCUCCCUGGAAGUUCGUUGACUAUUCCCAGUUUGGCCUUCUCUUCAUUGAAUUUAUCGGACAUGGAUAAGUCCCUUAUGGCUGAUAUUGCUGGGAAUGCAAUGGAGGAACUCAUUAGAUUGGUGCAAACCAAUGAACCUUUGUGGAUGAAGUCCGCUAUCGAUGGAAAAGAUGUACUUAAUUUCCAGAACUAUGAUCGAAUUUUUCCAAGGGCUAAUAGUCAUUUGAAAAAUCACAAUGUUCGGAUUGAGGCUUCCAGGGAUUCAGGUGUUGUUAUUAUGAAUGGAUUAGCAUUAGUUGACAUGUUUAUGGACGCGAAUAAAUGGCAGGAAUUCUUUCCUACAAUUGUUUCAAAGGCAAGAACGCUUGAAGUAAUAUCAUCUGGUGUGAUGGGAAGCCGAACUAGUACAUUGCAAUUGGUAAAGAAAAAUAACAGACUUAAUAAAGAGGGAUUAGUCUUUUUUCCUAAGGUUUUGCCUGAUGCGCGCUACAUGCAGAUGUAUGAAGAAUUGCAGGUGCUUUCACCAUUGGUUCCAACGCGACAAUUGUAUUUCCUGAGGUUUUGCCAGCAGAUUGAGCAAAGCUCGUGGGCAAUAGUCGAUGUUUCUUAUGAUAUAACUCAAGAAAAUCUUUAUUCUUCCACUUCUUGCAAGGUUCAUAGGCUUCCAUCAGGGUGCUUGAUUCAAGAUAUGCCCAAUGGUUAUUCUAAGGUUACUUGGGUGGAACAUGUAGAAGUGGAAGAGAAAGGUAUAAUUCAUAGGCUAUGUAGAGAUCUUAUACACAGUGGAUUGGCAUUUGGAGCAGAGAGAUGGGUUGGCACUCUUCAAAGAGUUUGUGAAAAAUAUGCUUGUCUCAUGGUUAAUAGCAAUCCUACUCAUGACCUUGGUGGAGUAAUUCCAUCGCCCGAAGGGAAGAGGAGCAUGAUGAAACUGGCAAAAAGAAUGGUGAGCAAUUUCUGUGCCAGCAUAAAUCCAUCUAAUGGACAUCAAUGGAACACAAUUUCUGGAUUGAAUGAGUUUGAAGUCAGAGCUACCCUUCAAAAGAGCACCGACCCUGGCCAGCCUAAUGGUGUAAUCAUUAGUGCAGCCACCACCAUUUGGCUGCCAGUUCCUCCACAAAAUGUCUUCAAUUUCUUCAGGGAUGAACGGAAUCGACCCCAGUGGGAUGUUCUUUCCAACCAAAAUCCGGUGCAAGAAGUAGCUCAUAUUGCGAAUGGCUCUCAUCCAGGGAACUGCAUUUCUGUGCUGCGGGCCUAUAACACUAGCCAGAACAACAUGUUAAUACUUCAAGAAAGUUGCAUAGACUCAUCAGGGGCACUAGUAGUGUAUAGCCCAGUGGAUGUACCGGCUAUCAACAUAGCGAUGAGCGGUGAGGACCCCACGUAUAUCCCGUUGCUACCAUCGGGGUUCACGAUAUCGCCAGAUGGCCAUCAACUAGACCAAGAUGCAGCAUCAUGCAGCAGCAGCUCAAAUGCAAGUACUAUAGGAGGCAGGUCAGGGGGUUCACUUAUAACAGUAGUGUUCCAAAUUCUAGUAAGCAGCUUGCCAUCAGCUAAAAUGAGCCCUGAAUCAGUAAACACUGUGAAUAACCUUAUAGGCAGCACUGUUCACCAAAUUAAAGCUGCCUUGAAUUGCUCCACUUCUUGAUCCCAUUUUGAAAUCAGUUCAGCGACUUAAAUUACCUCUGUUUCUGCUUAGAGGUAGUUGGGAAUUUUCAAUGCUUCUUUAU